AUGGCGCAAAUACGUCACCUUAGCUCUAGUAACGGGCAGAAGUUCGCCACCGGCUCCAAGGUCGCUUUCCGAAUGUUGUCUGUCGCCUCGAUUCCUCUGCUGCAUCUGGAACCAUCCAAUACCGUUCCUGUCGACCCUUUCAUGCUCAGCAGGACUACCAUUGCGCGCGGUGUUGGCCGCUACCUCGUCACCUCGGUAGGCGUCAACUCUACCUACGGACGGACUCAUAUGUCUCUGAGGAACGAUACUGAGGAAACUCCACCGCAAGCAAAGUUGGGCCGACUCGGCAAGCUGCUCAUAUGCGGCUACCAUGUUACUGAAAGGUUCACUGGUGAAGAGCCAGAUCAUCAAGAGCGCGCAGGUCUAGACCUCGCUUCACAACCAUGA